UAUGUUAAGGUUAUCAAUGAUAGGAAAGGCUAUCUUUCGGUACCAGGUACGACAGAUUCACUGGUAAAGUGCCAUAGACGUAAACUUUAAUUAGUAAGGACAUUAGUAACGAUGUGCGGUUUAUUAUCAAAAUGAGUAAAGUUUAGACUCAAGUUAGCGGAAACUAAGCACUUCCGCUCUUAUGGGCCAAUCGUUCCGUUGGCGUAAUAUGAUAAAGCACGUAUUUUCACUAGAUGACCUAAAUGAAAUGUACGCGAAUUUUGAUUCAAGUGUGGAUCAUAAGCUACAAAUAGACCAACUAAAUUUAAUGUUUUUGCCGGUUUGGCUGCUGCAGGCAACCGUAGUUAUUUGUAGAUCGGGUGAUUUUGUUUGGGUUAUCACGUCCCUGCAUAUCAAUACAUAAAACCUUUUUCGUUAUCGUUAUCAGUGACAUUUGUUUGCGCGCUUGUAACGAGUACGUCAGUUAUUAGUUUCUCAGUGUAGGUGCCAUACAUCGCUUAAUAAGUGCAAAUCAAAUGAAUUUACGCAAAAAUUUAAAUAUGAGUGAUAGUGUCGAAUCGAUUUCAACCCCGCAUACUCCCGAACUGGAUUACGACAUGUGGGAAGGACAGUUCGAAUUUUUAGGACCUUCGCAGCUAAUUCAGCCCCCGCAAGGUUUGUUUAAGCCGCUACCGCAUUUGCCAGCCUCUACAAAUGGUAUCAGAAAAAAUGCUGCCCACGAAUGGUGUGAUGGAAUCUCAGAUCAAUUUCAACUUUUACAACAGCAAGUGGGCUACCUACAGGAUUCGGCAAACCACAAUGACGAGCGCUACACUCGUGCGAAAGCCGAUAACGCUGCCUUACAAGCCAGGGUAAUAAUGCUGGAAGAACAACUGCGUGACUCUGAGAUGCGUUACGAAGACAGAUUACAGGAUGAGCAACGAAGAUCGAAAGAAUUAAUGUUACGAGUCGAAAGAGAAAAGCAACUGCAAUUAGAAAACGCCAACAUUCGGUUGCAAUCAGCCGAAGCGGAAGCGAACAGCCUGAAACAAGAAAUUAGUCGGCAACGAAUACGUAUAGAAAAAUUGGAAAGCGAGGGGAAAGAUUUUUACGAUCAGAUCCAAGAUCUUAAACAUGAGCUGCAGAUGUGUAAAGAACGGGAGGCAGCAUUUAAGGAACAAGAGAAAAGACUGAUACAGGAGGAAGAGGCUCACACGAAUCUUAUUAAAGAUCUGUCGCACGAAGUCGAAAGGUUACGAUCUGAAGCUAGGACGCCCGCUUUGCCCACGACGUCACCCGAAACUUUGCGAUUAGAAGAGUUACAUCAAGAGAUGGCGGUUUUGAGGGACAAAAAUAUACAGCUCCAAGAAGCUAACGAGGAACUUCAGGCCAACUUGCUGACGGCCGGCGUGGAACAGGGACGGUUACUAACCGCGGGAGAGACCAGUCUGGCGGCCGAGCUGGAGGCGAUGACGCACGAUCAGAGCGAAAUGCUGCACGAUCACGAGAGUUUAGCUAAGAUUCAGCAGGCGUUAAAAGAACAGCAAGACGUCAACAAUCAACUUAGAUCCUACAUCGACGGGAUACUCUUAAACAUUGUAGAAAACUAUCCCCAGCUUUUGGAAGUGAAACGGAAGCCAGUAUAGACUUUUAGAUAUAUUUUAUUAAGGAAAAAAACAGGAAACGUAAUUUUAUAUGCUGUUUUAUAAAGUUUGGUGUGUAAAUGUAACGUUAUGUAGGUACAGUAAGCUCAAUGGUCCUUGCCGUCCAUUUUGUGAUUUUUAAGCUGUGAUUGCAGAUGAAUUAUUAUAUUUCAGUUAAAUUGUUAAUUUAUCUUCAUUUUUAAAUUUAUGUAUAAAGGAACUUCCUCAACUAAAGUGCCUCUUUAAUGAAUUUAUGAAUGUAUAUAGCUAAGUUUAUUUUAAUAGGUAGGUAUUAAUUUUACUUAAGUAAGUUAAUUUUACUUCAAGAGGUGUUACCAACUUAAAAUACAUAUGGUACUACAAUAAUUAAAUUUGUACAACUGUU